AUGCGUAGUCAGGUGUUUCACCGGUGCCACGACUUGAAGCAAGCAGGCCACUUCGGAUUUUUGAAAACAUUACAUCUGGCCCGUCGGCAGUUUUGGUGGCCUCGGAUGCAGGCUGAUGUAGAAACCUACGUGAAAGGAUGUCCGGUUUGUGCCAUGUCCAAGCCCAGUCCCGGGAAACCCAUGGGGUUGUUGCAACCGGUGGCUGACCCACACCACCCAUGGCAAGACAUAGCCAUGGACUUUAUUGUAGAACUGCCCAACAGUCGGGGCUAUUCGGUAAUUUGGACUGUGGUAGACCUGUUCUCUAAACAGGCCCACUUCGUGCCCUGCAAGGGACUACCAUCGGCUCGGAGGCUGGCCCGUAUGUUCCUGUCACACGUUUAUCGGAUCCAUGGGGCUCUGUGUCGGAUCAUCUCGGACCACGGGGUGCAGUUCACAGCCCACUUCUGGCACAACUUCAUACGCCUCUUAGGGUCCUCCCAGGGACUUAGCUCGGCGUACCACCCGAGUACAAAUGGAGCAUCAGAACGGGCAAACGCAGCGGUGGAGCGUUACCUUCGGAGCUAUGUCUCGUAUCAACAAACAGACUUGGUGGAGUGGGUGGUGUUCGUGGAGGUGGCGUAUAAUAACGCUGUACACAGUAGUACAGGCUUCACGCCUUUCCGGUUUCUGGGCAGGGUACAUCCGGUAUUUCAUAGUAGCUUGUUGAAACCGGUGGCCCAUGACCGCUCUGAGGAAGCCCCAGGUCUCGUAACGCCCGACCACUAUGAGGUGCAGGAAAUCCUAGACUCACGGGAAAGGAAGAGUGGAGUAGAUUACCUGGUCUUAUGGAAAGGUUGGUACAUAAGUGGAAUCACAAGAAAUAAAGCCAACCAGCUACUUCUCUCUCCCCCAAAUCAUCAUGGCUCCUUCCUUAUUCGGGACAGCGAGAGUAACAAGGGAGAAUACUCUCUGUCAGUUCGCAACCGCGGAAAAGUACGACAUUUCAGAAUCUUCUUGAAUCCCGCCGGAAGUUUUUACUUGGAAAAAGCUCAUGUUUUCUCGAGUCUGGAAGAGCUCCUUGCUUAUUACAAAGCCAACUGGAAUAUCAUUGAGUGCCCCUUAUCUCAGCCCUGCGUCCAGAAGAAGCCUUCUGAGAUGGAUCAGUGGGAACGUCCCCGGUCUGAAUUCCAGCUUUGGAGAAAGAUGGGCGAAGGAUGUUUUGGAGAAGUUUGGGAAGGAAUGUGGAAGAAUACAGUGCCUGUGGCCAUCAAAAUUAUGAAACAAGCUGACAUGAGGGACGACUUCGUCAAGGAGAUCCGGAACUUGAAAAGUCUGAAACACACAAGACUCAUCAAACUUCUGGCGGUCUGUUCGAUGGGGGAGCCAGUUUAUAUCGUCACAGAGUUGAUGCGGAAGGGCAAUCUCCAUAGUUACCUCAACAGUGCUGCGGGAAAGGAAUUGACCACACACCACCUCCUCAGUAUCUCUUGCCAGGUGGCUGACGGGAUGACCUAUCUGGAGGAAAAACAUAUCGUCCAUCGAGAUCUCGCAGCGAGGAACAUCCUGGUGGGCGAUGACCUGGCUUGCAAAAUAGCUGACUUCGGCCUUGCCAGGCUCCUCAAGGAUGACAUUUACUCCACCACCAGUAAUGCUAUGAUCCCGGUGAAAUGGACAGCCCCGGAAGCCGCCAUCUACCAGACGUACUCCCCUAAAUCGGAUGUUUGGUCCUACGGGAUCCUGCUCUACGAGGUUUUUAGCUACGGACAGUGCCCCUAUGAUGGGAUGAGCAACCAAGAGACCAUCCAGCAGAUCAGUCGGGGCUACCGUCUCCCUCGUCCCAACAGUUGCUCCCCUGAGAUUUAUAGCAUCAUGCUCGAAUGCUGGAAGACCCACCCUGAAGACCGGCCAAGUUUUCUCAACUUGAGAGAUGCGCUCUUUUCGAUUUACAAAUGGGCGCGUCACCCGAUCUCCUGAAGCGGAGGCACCUUCUGUGUCUUCUGCACCAACCGGCGGCCCUUCGUGCUCGUCCUGCAGACCCUCCAGCUCAGAUUCUCUUGAGCCUGCAGGAACAUUUGUGCCUUUGAAGGUGGACUAUUUGAGCUCUUCAACCUCAGCAGGUGGAGCGGAGGUGGAGUUAUGGGUUCUACCUGUCCAAAAAUAGCUCACGAUAAAGAGAUACUUUACAGCCAAGAGGUCACCGUGGAGAGAAACAGAACUGCAGCAUUUCCUUUCCCCCGUGCAAGUUAUGGACUCUUCUUGCUGUAGGCGCCCGAUGGCUUUCUUUAGUCAAUAAACAUGAA